GUUUUGAUGAAAACUCCUUAAUCUUAUGGAACCAAGAUCUUCUCUUUAGAUCGAAGUAUUUAUUGUCGUCUUUUUUUUUUUUAUUAGAAAAUCUCAGUUAUGGAUCGAGGCUUUCUCGCUUAACCAGACCCGGUUCACUUUUACUAGGGAUUUCAUGCUUUUGGCUUCCCAAAACCAAAACACUCGUUCAUCGGAAGAAGGAAGCAAAAUCAAUGUCCAGGAGUUGAACAAAUUCUGUCUUCCGACCAAACUGAAACCCCUGCUUCUUCCGAAUCCACCACAACCGGGCUGUUGGUCUGCUAUAAUUUUGGGUGGAAAUGUCGGCUCCAUUGACGCCGUCGAAGAGACCACAUGAGGAGAGCCUUGCAGAGACUAAUGGGAAAGGGAAGUUGCAGAAGUCUGAAAAUCAAGCUUCUGAACUCUCCCCUGGCAAUGUUGCUUUCAGGGUACUGUGCCCUGCGUCCAAAGUUGAUAAUGUCACUGGGGAAGGUGGCUCUGUCAUAUCACAGAUUUUUCAAGAAACUUUUGUAAGGGUUAGAAUUGAGGAAGCUGUCCCGGGAUGUGAUGAAAGGGUUAUUGUUGUGGGUUCUGAUGGAGAGAAUGAUGUUGGUAGCGAGCAUAUAAAGGAGGAUGGUGUUGAAGAGGCAAAUGUGGAUGAAAAGCAUGAUGGUACUAGGGAGCCAAGAGAAAAGCAUGAUGUAUCUCCAUCUUUGCUGAGGGCUCUGAAACUUGUUUUUGAGAGAAUAGUUGAAGGGGAAACAGAGAGCGAUGGAGCGGAUGAAGAAAGUAAUAAGUCUUUGACAUUUGUUUGCAGAUUACUAGUCCUUUCAUCUCAAGUGGGAUGCCUCUUGGGAAAGGGUGGUAGUGUUAUCAAACAAAUGUCAUCUGAAAGUGGGGCACAAAUCCAGAUCCUUCCCACAGAUAAACUUCCGUCAUGUGCGGCAGUUUGCGAUGAACUAGUUCAGAUUUCGGGGAACAUUGAUGCAGUUGGGAAAGCUAUUGAAUAUGUUUCCCGGCAGCUUUUGGAUAAUCUACCUCAUGAUAGUGACACUUCCCUUGCCAACACCACUGGGACAUCAUCUAAUUCAUUCGGUCAACCUCUUCUAAGACAAGAAAUACAUCCACCACCUAACCACUCCGAAGGGGCUCCUGAUAUUUAUAAGCCUGGAGAUUUUGCUGCUCAUCCAGUAAACCCUAAAUUACAUGGAAGUGGCAUCCCUGGUAGGAUGAAGCCUUCUCAGGAAGUCCUAACUUUCCGCUUAUUGUGCCCUGAAGAGAGAGUAGGUGGUGUAAUUGGCAAGGGAGGAACCAUAAUAAAGACACUUAAGCUAGAGACAGGCUGCGAAAUCAGGGUUAUGGAAGGUGUUCCUGACUCAGACGACCGUCUUAUUGUUAUAUCUGGUCCUGUGCAUCCAGAUGACAGGAUAUCACCAGUCCAAGAUGCCGUUAUUCGUGUGCAAAGUAGGAUAUUCAGGGCUGUACCUAAUAGCAAGGAACAAUCCAUGAUGGCGAGGCUUCUUGUUUCCUCUAAUCAAGUAGGUUGUCUCCUCGGAAAUGGUGGUACCAUUAUUGCGGAGAUGAGAAAGUUAUCUAGGGCCCAUAUCCGUAUAAUGGGGAAGGAUCAAAUUCUGAGAUGCGCUUCAGUUGAUGAAGAAGUUGUUCAGAUAAAUGGAGAAUUUGAGGCCGUUAAAGAUGCUCUUCUGCAGAUUACCACUAGGUUGCAGCAUCACCUUUUUCGUGAUGCAUUUCCUUCUAUACAUUAUCAUCAAAAUCCUGCAUUUUUGGAUCAACCUCCAUUUCAAUCAUAUCUGAGGAGGGACUUCUCACCUCCAGGAAUGCAUUCUAAUUUAGGCCCAUCAUUGCACAAGUUUGUUGCUGUUGGUGGCCUGCCCCCUCAUGGUAGUUUUCAUCCUCACGACGAUCGUCCUCCCUUUGUGCACAAUAUUCAUAGGUUAGGUGCCCGCCCACAUUUAUCCGAGAGAAGACCUUGGGGCCCUCAGGGACUUCAUGAAGGUGGUGGUCCACUAGGCUUGCCAAACUUUCCAGGUGCUCCUCAAAGAAGAAUUCCAGGGUUUGGAGGAAGCCAACCAGCAAUAGUUACCAACACCACUAUUGAAGUUGUCGUGCCUAGUUCCCUUGUUCCUAUUAUAAAUGGGGAAGAUGGUGAAUGCUUGAAGCAAAUACGUCAGAUUUCUGAAGCAAAAGUUACCAUUACCGAGCCCAAGCCUGGAGCAGUUGAAACUGUUAUUAUAAUAUCCGGAACACCUGAACAAACGCACGCUGCGCAGAGCCUUAUUCAAGCAUUUGUGAUGGGUGAGACCGAAUCUUCUUGAUUUAGGUUUGUCAGCUGAAGACUCUGAAGAUUUAGAUCUGCAGAACCAUAAUGUUGCAGUCCCAAUAAUCGUGAGAUUUCUGAACCUAACAGUGCAAAUUCGUUGGUCCAUACAUGAAGAGUGUUCCUCCUUUUCAAGUUAUGCGAGGAUCCCUUUUGGCAUCCAUGAAAGUUGAAGAAAAGAUUGGCUUGGAUAAUAAGGUUGUAGUAAGUUUCGAGAAAGUUUUAAUAUCACAUUCUAACCUGUCUUGUGUAUCCGAUAAUCUGAGCAUGUGUGAAACUUUUAUAUGAAAUGUUAGAUAACCUUGCCAUGUCAAUUUUAGGUAAA